AUGGGGAAAAUCCUUGGGAUCACUGAGAGAGGGAAAAACACCUGGGAACACUUAGAGAGCAGGGGUAAAACCCUUGGGAACACUGGGAGAGGGAAAAAGCUUUGGGAACAUGGGGCAAAACCCUUGGGAUCACCAGGAGAUCAUGGGAAAAACACUUGGGAAUACCUGGAAAACCCUUGGGAACACUGGGAGAGCUUGGGAAUAACCCUUGGGAACACUGGGAGAGGGAAAAAGCCUUGGAACAUGGGGAGAGCAUGGGGAAAACCCUUGGGAUCACCAGGAGAGCAAGGGGUGAGCAGGAGAGGGAAAAACACCUGGGAACACUGGGAGAGGGAAAAACACUCGGGAUCACAGGGAGAGCACAGGAAAAGCCCUUGGGAACACCAGGAGAGCAUGGGAAAAACACUGGAACAUGAGGAGUACAUGGGGAAAAACCCUUGGGAACAUCAAGAGGCAGGGGGUGAGCAGGAGCUGGGAAAAACAGUUGGGAAUACUGGGAGAGGAUGGGAAAAACCCUUGGGCACAUGGGGAGAGGGAAAAACCCUUGGGAUCACUGGGAGAGAGCACAGGGAAAACACUUGGGACCACCAGGAGAGGGAAAAACACCUGGGAACAUGGGGAGAGUGUGGGAAAAACCCUUGGGAUCACCGAGAGAACAUGGGAAAACCACUUGGGAACAUUGGGAAAGUGCAGGGUGAGCAGGGAAAAACACUUGGGAACACGGGGAGAGCGCAGGGAAAAACACUUGGGAACAUGGGGAAAGCAUGGGGAAAAACCCUUGGGAUCACCAAGAGAGGGAAAAACCCUUGGGAUCACCAGGAGAGGGAAAAACCCUUGGGAACACUGGGAGAGCAUGGAAAAACCCCUUGGGAACACAGGGACAGCACAGGGAAAACACUUGGGAACAUGGGGAAAGCAUGGGGGAAAACCCUUGGGAUCACCAAGAGAGGGGAAAACCCCUUGGGAACACAGGGAGAGCACAGGGAAAACACUUGGGAAUACCAGGAGAGGGAAAAGCACUUGGGAACACCAGGACAACGUGGGAAAAACGCUUGGGAGUGUUGGGAAAGUGCAGGGUGAGCAGGGAAAAACCCUUGGGGUCACCAGGAGAGGGGAAAACCCUUGGGAACAUGGGAAGAGCAUGGAAAAAACCCUUGGGAACAUGGGGAGAGCAUGGGGGAAACCCUUGGGAACACCAGGAGAGGGGAAAACCCUUGGGAACACUGGGAGAGGGAAAAGCACUCGGGAACAUCCGGGUUGGGUGGAACCAGCGCCCUGGAAAUGAAGGGCUGAAAGGUUUGGGUUAAUUAAACGAAGUGUUAAUUAAAUCUUGCCCUGACUGGCACAGCCAGGAGUCCCCAGGAGGGCUGGAUGUGGAUUUGUGAGACUGAAUUCCCCAAAUUUCGCUGGUUUGGUGCUUAAAAAAUAAAGUGAGGCCCCGCAAGGCCUGUGAGGGUGCGAGGGCUCUGCUCGGAA